UCAAACUAUUGGCACCGCCCUUCCAGAGAGCAGGAGCCUGUUUCCACUCAGCCCUUAGACUGGUGGAGGCGGAGCUUGGCGGCUCGGUAGACUUCAGCCGCAGCGUUUCCCCGGCCAGGUAUCCGGCCGCAGCCUCAGGAGAGAAGAUGGAUCCCUCAACAGCCACAGAAAUGUCUGCUCCAGCUCAGCCUCCCACUGAAGGAACAGAAGGGACUGCCCCAGGAGGGGGCCCCCCUGGCCCUCCUCCUAAUACGACCAGUAACAGACGACUACAGCAAACCCAGGCACAAGUGGAGGAAGUGGUGGACAUCAUGCGUGUGAAUGUGGACAAGGUCCUGAAGAGAGAUGAGAUACUGUCACAGCUGGAUGACCGAGCUGACGCCUUGCAAGUGGGAGCGUCACGGUUUGAGACCAGCGCUGCCAAGCUAAAGAGGAAGUAUUGGUGGAAAGACUGCAAGAUGAUGAUCAUGCUGGGAGCUAUCUGUGCCAUCAUCGUGGUAGUUAUUGUAAUCUACUUUUUUACUUGAGAAUGUGCCACCCCUUCCCUGUUCUCCAUUGCCAUCCAAACUCACAUCCCUCUCCCUCUGUUUGCUCUCUCAAUGAACGUCCCCAUCUACCUUCCUCCACCCUGUCCUGGCUUCUCCAUCGCCCAUUCCUCCUUUUCUGUUGCUCUCAUUUGCACUGUGUCCCUCAACACUAGAAAUGCUGCUCGUGGCACAGUCUCGAAGUAACUCCCUGAAGAGCCACAGCUGGCACCUCCCUGCCCCCUUCUUAUGUGCUCUCAAGUUCCCCCAAAGCCAAAAAGAAUUGGAGGCCAAGAGAAGAGGAAGGGGUGUAGCCAAGGUGACGUGCCCAAGAAGCUGUCAAGAUUGGGGAAGGAGAAGGGUGUUGGUGCCCAUGGUGUUACCAGGAAAGGCCCGGUCACUGGUGGGAGGGGACUGGGAACAGCAGGGAGAAGGGCAGCUCACUCAGGACUGCCCUGAUCACUAGGGGCUCUUCUCUUAGGCCAGACCUGAAAAGGAGCCUGGGGUGGGCCCGAAAUCCAACUUGGUUGGGGUAGUACCCUUUUGGAAAGUCAAAUCUGUUUUUGCAGUUAUUUCUGAUCUGUCCGAGACUUUCUGUCAUCAGGGAUCAUACAGCCUUUUGCUUUGUUUUCUGGAGACCUAUAGAAGGCAUCUUAAUUGCAAAAGGACCAGCUUCAUUCCCAUCCUAGAAGCAGCCCUCUAAGCUCAUAACUACAAGGGGUUGUCUCUCGUCCACAUUUUCUGCAGGAUUCUGUAUCAUUUAUGAGAGCACCACAUAAUUUCAUAGAGCCAAAGCUGGGGAUUCUGAGUUAGUUUUAAUUGUUGGAGAUAACAAGUAUUAAUUAUAGAGAGACAACGAGUCAAGGGCCUAAUCUGAAAAUAACAAGCUUGGAAGAAGCCACUUGUUGCCAGCUCGUUGGGGAGGGUCCCACUCCUCCCUUCCCCUUGAUAAAGCAUGAGGUGUUAGAAUUGAGGAUACCUGGGCUCUCCGGGACUGCUUUCCUCUAUACCCUUCCCAUGUACUUACCAAAGAUAAGGAUGAGGCAGGAGGUCCUUCCUGAAGCUGGCAAAUUCUGAGUAUUCUGAGAAGUCCAGUAUACCCCCCCAACCGGUCUUGGGUGGGAGGCGGGACUGUCUGUGGACAGGUGCUCAUGUGCACUGCUGUGCCAUUAUGGGCCCCCUUAUCUAGAGCCUCCUGUCUGUUCUUCCUGUGCUGUGUUCCCCUUCUGAACUACCUGUACCCUUCUGAACUCCACUUUGCCUCCUUUCCUUUCCCCUCUGCAUGGUUUGUGGGGGGAGACAGUGGAACCCGAGGGUGGGAGGCCACGGCUGGGCUUCAGGAUAGCUUGUGGAGUGGGACAGACCCAGGCGUGAGGGAAGGAGGGAGGCUGGGAGCAGCAAGGGGGAAUACCCAUGACCCCUUAUUCCUCCCGUCCUCCAGCCCACAAGCAGGAAGAGGCUGAGGCCAGGCCAGGCCCAGCCGGGCUGGGUCUGGGUGCUUCCUUUCCAUGCAGCAGCAUUUCAUUGCACAAAACCAUCCUUCCUCUCCUUUUGCCCCUGUUUCCCACAUUCCCUUCGUCCUGCCGCAGGGCAGGACUGAAGAGCUGGAAGAAAGCAGUCAGUGUACCCUCCCAACGGCCCCCCUCGAAGGUCUCCAAUCUCCUCUGGGCUCCUCCUUGCCUAAUGCAGGGGGUCACCGCUGGAGAAGAACUGCCACUGUCCUCGAUGUGUCCCGAGCCUGGAGCAAAUUCGCCCUCUUGGCCCACCCAGCCCUGUCACAGGAAUUCUUUCCUGGGUUUCUAUCCCUCUGAGGCUCACCAGAUGUAGUUGGCUUUGUUCUUCUGGGGAUGUUUGGCCUUCUACUUUCUUUCUCACCCCACCCUGUACCCUCUUCUGUGUCUUUGCUGUCCCUCUUCCCUCCCACCACCCAUGUGCAUGAGCAAAUAUGCAACCAAACCUUGGGACUUUGCAGUCAAAUGAAGCCGAGCUUCCCACAUCCCCUUCUUCCUUGGUUUGCCAUGAGGCGAUGUGGGGUUUCCACUGUGUGUCUGUCAUCACUUCUGUCUUUUUUCCUACCCCCAACCUCAUACUUGUAUAGAAUAAUAACUGUUGUACUUCCACCCCAGGCAUGUGGCAUAUUUACCAACUUCAUGUAUUCUGAACAAAGGCAAAAAAAAAAAAAUAUAUAUAUAUAUAUAAAUUCCUACCACUAAACUGACUUGGUUGUUGUUUGGGUUGGAGUAACUGAGGAGGGGCGGGGGGGGGGUUCUUUUCCUUUACGGUGUGUUGUUGCGUGAGGCCGGAAGGCUGGCUUACAGGUGCCAUGUGGCACUCUCGAGAUAAAAGAUCCAUGUGUUGGCAGAGGAAGUGGUCUCCGCUCUGCAUCUGUACCUGGCGCGGCCCGACUCUUCCAGGUGCUAGUGAGAGGAAGUGGUGACAGGAAGUCGAGUGGGCAUCUCACAUAUCACAUCAGAAACCACUGCAGGUUUUCUCUGACGCCUCCCCUCUGCCUCCUUCCUAUGUCCUCGUGCUGCCCAGACUGUCCGAGGGGGCGCCCACGUGAGGCCUCUGCGAACACACCCUGUUCC